UGACGAGCCAACCGACUGGCGGAGCUUUUCGCACGCAGACAACCAGUAAAGAGAACGCUCGCCAAAAACGCGAUGCCAAAAAGGAAAACAGUCAACUCUUAGCUGUGCCAGCACAAGCUACCGCGGUUUGUCGCUCGCUCGUUGUGCUCCAACGCAAUAAAUAGACCAGACGCAGACGAGAAAACACAAAGACCUACGCCGAAAUGUCGACUGGUCGUAUGUCUGAUGAGCAAUUUCAACGACUGCUCGAAACAAUACGCGCUUUGGGGCCACAACACACCGAACAACAACAACAGCAGCAGCAGCAACAACAAGCAAACAAAUCCAAAAGCAGCUUUGGCAAUUGCAAGGUACGUUUCUAUGGACAACGUGACAACGAUGCCGUUGAAGAGUUCAUCAAUGCCAUUGAAACCUAUAAGGAUAUGGAAGAUAUUACCGAUCAAGAUGCACUGAAAGGUCUACCACUACUCUUUCAAGGUAUUGCAUCCACAUGGUGGAAAGGUGUACGUCGUGAUGCGAAGUCUUGGACAGAUGCGUUGCAAUUGCUGCGUGAUCACUUUUCUCCUACAAAACCACCCUAUCAAAUAUAUGUGGAGAUUUUUGAUUCCAAACAAGGCGGCAACAUGCCAAUUGAUACUUUUGUUUGUCAGAAGCGUGCGCUGAUAGCCAAAUUGCCGGAGGGUCGUCAUGAUGUGGAGACAGAAUUGGAUUUUGUUUACGGUCUGUUAGAUUCGAAAUAUCAACAACAAAUACCGCGUCAUGAAGUGAAAACUUAUCGCGAGCUGUUGGAGAAAGGUCGCAAUGUGGAGCGGCAUAUGCGGAACGGUGGCGGCAAUAGAUGAACAGUUGUGAUGCCGAUGUUGCACUAAAAUAAUUUUAGUUUUAAUUCACUUAGGCUAUUUAGUGGUAAGAAUUUUUUUUAAU